UUAUUUCAAUUUUUGUUAAUUCUUUAAAUAUAUUAACUAAUUUGCUGCUUCCGCUUAUUUUAAUAAACUAACAUGAUUGUAAGUGGAACCAAAAGCGAUAUUUAAAGACCUAAAAGCACGUAAAGAGGAGUUGUUAAUGCCUGGUGCUUAAAAUUAAAAGAUAGUUCUGAUAAUCCUAUCUUAAAUAAUAAAAUAUAAAUACUUUAUCAGUAAAAUUAGGAGUAAAACUAAUAAAAUCAAAAUGAUUAACUAGGAAGAUAAAAAGUAAAGUCACAAGGGAAUAGCAGGAAUAGUUCCAAUAUCAGAUAAAAUACCAACUAAAUUUAUAAAUUGAAUGAACAAUAACAGAUUUCUUAACAAUUAAGCACUAGAGAUUAUAAUUCUCCUAUUAAAACACAAGCUUGUAAUAAUAAUUAUAAUAUAGCAAGUGACUUAUCAAUUCAAUAAUCAUAGCUAUAAAAGUAGAAGAGACCUCCUUCUUAGCUUAUGCACAUUUUACAAAAUUAAAAAAAGAAUAUUCGUCAAAUGUUUGCUCUAUAAUUAAGCAACAACAUCUAGUAAGAUGAUAAAAAUAAAAUUCAAAUGUAAGAAAUAAAGGAAAAGCUUUUAAGAGUAAGUUAGGAGAGGAACAAGAAGAUAAACAGUUUAAUAUUUGAAGAGAAUCGCAACAACCAAAAUGUCUAAAAUAUGAUAAAUUAGAAUGUAGUAUAGCAAGCUAAUUCUAGCCAAACUCAGUUUAGAUAAAAAAAUAACUACUAAGAAUUAAGCAGAAACAGCUAAGAAUUUUAAGAUAACAAAUUUAAAGUUUUUGCUGAUUAUUAAAGUUUUCUUUUGAAUAAUAAUAGCAACAACAAUAACAGCAACAAUAAUAAUAUUAAUUAUUAAAUUUAAAAUACAUAUCAAACAAAUAGUUUUAGGAGCUAAUUAGGUUCAUAGAAUUCUAGCACAAUUUUAACCUAAAGUUAACAGCCUAAAUUAAAAACAAUACUAAAAAAUAUUCCAUCGUAACCAGCUUUAAAUAGAGUUAUAAAAUAGUCUCUUAAUUAAAUAUAGUAAGCUUAAAAUCAAGAAAUUAGCUAAAACAUCAUCUCAGUAAAAAGAGCUUAAACAAGAGAAUAAUUUCAAAAUUAAUGUACAAACACUGAAAGAUCUAUUUAAAGAGCAUAAUCUAUGCUUUGUACAAAAGUAAUUGGAUAAGCAAACAGUAUUACUACUGAUCAAAGUGGAAAAGUGGUAUUCACCUGCUAGAAUAGCAUAUAAGAUGAUAAUAAUUCAAAAAUAACAUAAUAGAAUUAAAGCUAAGAUAAAAUUGAAGAUGAACUUAAUUUUAUAAAUUUCUCAUCUUUUACUAAUAUUUUACCUUCAGAUACUAAUGAUACACCUAUUUAAAAAAAUAUAGUUGAAUUAAAAUAAAUUUAAAGUGAUGAAAAUAAUGAAAAUCUAUAUGAUGAAGAUACAUUAUAAAAAAGAAUUAGACAUAUUUCAAACCCUUCUUUAAGAAAAAAAUAUAAAUUACAAAGCAAUUUAAUAAUGAGAAACUUUUUGAAGAAAUAAAAUAUUCCAUAAAUAAAUGGGAAAAUAAAUAAUUAAAAUCCUUCAUUUUUUGAAAAUAACUUAUUAGAUACUUAUACUGAAAGUAAUUUUGUUUAGUUUGAUGGAAAAUCCAAUACUGAUUAACCUAAAAGAAAGAAGAACAAAAAAAAAUUAAAUCAAAUGAGCAUGGGAGAAACAUGCUAGAGUACUGAAAAAGGGUUUAUAGAAUGCCUUUCUAAUUAAAAUAAAAAUUAAACAUCUUCAUAAAGUGGAUAAAAUGUUAAUUUUAUGAGCUUCAGUGAAUUUUGUAAUUAUCAAAGAUAGCAAUAAAUAUUCAGAAACUCAUUAUUUAAUGAAUAAACUAAUAACACAAACUUAACAAUAAAAAAGGCUUGUAGCUGUUCGCCAAGCAAAAAGUUUCAUUCUUAUUAAAUAUCAGCUAUAGAUUAAAUAAAUAAUAAAUAAAACUAAAUAUUCUGCAAAAAUUGUAAUGUAAUUUCUCCUAAAAUAAAAUAAUAAUGCAUAGUCCCUUAAAAUUAAAAUAUAACAAUAAAAUAAACAAAUUAAAGACCUUCAACUUCACUAUAAAGAUAAAGUAAAGACAUAAGUUCUACUUAGAAAGUCGUAACUUAAAAACAAAGCACAUCUCCAGAUUCUGAAAACAAAUAAAAUAGACCAGGAACAGCUAAAUUAACUAAUUCUCAAUUCUAAGUGAACUUUAAUUAAAUAAAUUUAAUAAAUAGUUCAAUUAAUUCAAGCUCUCUUAACAAUGCUUUUUCUCCUUCUAAAAAUAAAUUUAUGAGGAGAGUUUCCUCUUAAAUACAGGAAAGCUUUUUUAACGUAGUAGAUCUAAAUAGCUGGGAUAACUCAAGGAUAGAGGAAAAUAGCUAAUUUGAAAUGAUUUGA